AUGGGGUCAGAGUCGACAACUGUAGGGUGGGUGGAUCUUCAUCCUGCACCCACGGAGACCCCACAGGUGCACGGUGCUGCUCAUCUGGCCAUGGAGCUUGGGGCAGCAGGGAGUGCCAGCGGGGUCUGGGGGGAUGCUGCAUCAGGAACCUAUGUCAUCCCACAUAGGUUCCCACCUGUGCCGAUGUCCCCGCAGCCACUGACCAUCAUCCAGCAGCUUCCCGUGGCCACAGCCCAUCCCACCGGACCCCCACACCUACGGGGAGAUUUACUCGAGCUGAUGAUGAUUCAGAACUCCCAAAUGCACCAGGUGGUGAUGAACAGCCUGGCGGUGUCAGCAGUGGUGUCCUUUGGGUUUGGGCCAUCUCCAGCCACUGCCCAGAUACCCGCUGUGCCUUUGCAGCCUGGAGAGGAGGAGGAGGAGGAGGCAGCCAUGGUUUUCCAUCACCACUACAUCCCAUAUCCCAGUUCUGCUCCCCUUUGGGCAUGGCCACUCCAGGAUCAGGCUAUGGGACCGGCAGCUGUGCGGCACCUGGGCACAGCCACAGAGGACAGGGAGGUCCCCGUGCCACCUCCUCCACCCCCCAGUGCUACGGGGACCGUCGGAGCCAACAUCCCACCAGCACCAGAGUACUACGACAUGCUGGAGGAGCAGCUCUGA